UUCCUUUUUCAUCUGAAUCCCUGAGUCAGAGGUUGGCAUCAGUCUCACUCUUUCUGCAUCCGAGCAGCAGCUGCAUUGUAGACUCGUAUAACUAUAGGACAUCAUUAGUUUCACUGAACAGAACUUUCAUCGAGAGGUGUUUUAUGCCUUUUAUUUUUAAAACACAGUUUCUUUCCAGGACAGAAGACGUCGUCAGCAUGAACACUCUGAACCAGCAGUAUGAGGAGAAGGUGCGUCCCUGCAUCGACCUCAUCGACUCUCUCCGCUCUCUGGGUGUAGAGAGGGACUUGGCGCUGCCUGCUAUCGCCGUGAUUGGAGACCAAAGCUCGGGGAAGAGCUCCGUGUUGGAGGCGCUGUCAGGCGUGGCUCUGCCCAGAGGGAGUGGCAUCGUGACAAGAUGUCCUCUCGAACUGAAGAUGAAGAGAAAGAGAGAAGGAGAGGAGUGGUACGGGAAGAUAAGCUACAAGGACUUUGAGGAAGAGCUGGAAGAGCCUGCAGAUGUGGAGAAAAAGAUCAGAGAAGCUCAGGAUCAAAUAGCCGGGGUCGGAGUGGGGAUCAGUGAUGACCUCAUCAGUCUGGAGAUCGCCUCUCCUAAUGUUCCAGACCUGACGCUCAUUGACCUGCCCGGCAUCGCCAGGGUGGCUGUAAAGGGACAACCUGUGAACAUUGGAGACCAGAUAAAGAGACUGAUCCACAAGUUCAUCACAAAACAAGAAACCAUCAGCUUGGUGGUUGUUCCAUGCAACGUGGACAUAGCAACCACAGAGGCUCUGAAGAUGGCACAGGAGGAGGAUCCUGAAGGAGAGAGGACUUUGGGUAUCUUGACCAAGCCUGACCUGGUGGACAAAGGAACAGAAGACACGGUGAUUGAAAUUGUCCGUAAUGAGGUCAUCCACCUGAAGAAGGGCUACAUGAUCGUCAAGUGCAGGGGUCAGAAGGAGAUCACAGAAAAUGUGUCUCUUACUGAAGCAAUAGAAAGAGAGAAAGAGUUCUUCAAUGGCCAUAUGCAUUUCCACACUCUCUACGAUGAAGGCCAUGCUACUGUUCCUAAACUGGCUGAGAAACUCACACUUGAGCUGGUGCAUCACAUCAAGAGAUCUCUGCCUCGACUGGAAGAGCAGAUAGAGGAGAAACUAGCACAGACUCAAGCAGAGCUGGAGAGAUAUGGCACUGGACCCCCGUCUGACGCCGCUGAGAGACUCUUCUUCCUCAUUGAUAAAGUGACAGCAUUCACUCAGGAUGCCAUCAGUCUGACUACGGGAGAGGAGCUCAAGUGUGGAGACAAGCUCAAUGUCUUUUCUACGCUCAGGAGAGAGUUUGGGAAGUGGAACGCCCACCUGGAGCAUUCAGGAGAAAACUUUAACAAGAAGAUUGAGAGAGAGGUGGAGGGAUAUGAAGAGAAGUACCGUGGAAGGGAACUGCCGGGCUUCAUCAACUAUAAGACCUUUGAGGUCAUGGUCAAGGAGCAGAUCAAACAGCUGGAAGAACCAGCUGUCAAGAAACUCAAGGAUAUAGCAGAUGCUGUGAGGAAGGUGUUCAUACAGCUGGCCCAAAGUAGCUUCAUUGGAUUUCCUAACCUCAUUAAAACAGCCAAGGCAAAGAUCGAAAAUAUCAAGCAGGACAAGGAGACCACCGCCGAAUUCAUGCUGAGAACCCAGUUCAAGAUGGAGCUGAUUGUCUACUCUCAGGACAGAACCUACAGCAGCAGUCUGAGUGAAAGGAAGAAAGAGGAGGAUGAGGAUGAAGACAAACGGAAAGGCCCAAAAUAUAAUAGAGAAAAGAGUGUUGUGUACCGCAUGGAUAAUCAUGCAACACUUCAGGAGCUGAUGUUGCACCUUAAAUCAUAUUACAAAAUUGCCGGCCAGCGUCUCGCUGACCAGAUCCCGCUGGUGAUCCGUUACCAGAUGUUGCAGGAGUCUGCCGUCCAGCUGCAGAGGGAGAUGCUGCAGAUGCUUCAGGACAAGGAGAAUAUGGAGUUCCUGCUGAAGGAGGACUGUGACAUUGGCAGCAAGAGGGCCGGUUUGCAGAGUCGCCAUAAACGUCUCAUGAAGGCCCGCACAUACCUGGUGGAGUUCUAGAGGAGGUCAGGAUGAGUCUACUGUACUUCUUUCAUUUGUCAAAUACAAUUGUGGUUGAAGGAUUGCUAUACUAUUAUUUUUUUACUGUGUCCAGUGUAGAAUGGACGCAUUCGCUUUGUACUGUAAUAUGUAUGUACUGUUAUUGUCACUCCAAAAUAAAAAAAAAUAAAAUAAAAUGCCUGUUAUUUCAUACGGCAAAAAAUAGAUCAUAGGAGCACACUGUAUAAGUCACAUGCCAUGUUUCCGAUAUCCCGAGUUUAAUUCCUGCCAGAGAACAUUAUGACAUAUCAUCCCCAGAUUAGAUUAUUAACGUGCCAAUACUUUGAUUCUUUGUCUAUUUAAUCGCUGGACCAUUUUAAUCAAACGGGAAAUUAAUGACUUUUUCAAAUGCAUCUUUUUCAUAUUUGUUUAAAUACACUUGUUUGAAUAAAUAAAGAAACUUUGUCUAA